AACCUAAUUUAAUCGAAAUAGAGUAUUUAUAACUAUAUGGAGUGUAAAUCGGCUCUGACGUCGGAGUUAAAAGUCAGAGUAAAAUCCUACAUUCACGCAGUGAAACUUUUGACUCUGUCAAGUGUCAAAAACGCGCCAGUAAAGAUUUUUGCCAACCGCGAAGAGGAAGAGGAGGAGGAGGAAGCACCAGCUUUCUAAAGUUCGUGAAACGGUCAUUUCCAUUUGGGAUUCUUAACGGAGUUGUGCUACAAGAAAGGUAAGUAACUUUUAACAAUCCGGUAAUUUAUUUUAAUAUUAAUUGUGAUGAAGAACGAUAUUAUAGCUUCUGUUAUCCAUUAAAUAUGUUCGCAACUAUUAUGCUACUAGCAUACUCCAUUCGCGUAGCAAAUGGUUUUGGCACCAUGGCUCAGUUUGUUAGUGGUGAAAACCCCUCCAUGUCUCCUAAUUUCUAUACCCGUUUUAUUCCGUUGUUCACAGUCAGGGUAGCGAAAGAAAGCUGUAUGGUGUUAGGGCGACAGCCGAGGGAUAGCCCUAUAUGCUAGACAUGUUAGCGAAAUAUUUGCUAAGUUUUUCUGAAGGCUGUCAAUGUAAGUAUACGUAACUGUUAUAAAUUGUAAUAGUGUUAAUCACUGUACAUUAUGCCACAGAACCACAUUCUGUGGGUACUUCGGGGUCGUAGCACCACCGAGUCACGUUAGCAUGGUUAGCGCCAUGGAUGUAGCAGCUAACAGGCGCCAUAUUGCUUGUACAGAUAAUGUUCAAUUGUAUCGGAAUAUUAAUUCAGUUUUCAAAUGGCAUUACCUUUGAAGCACAUUUAUUAACUAUUUAAAUAUCUCUGUCAUGGUUAUUUAUUUUUUCUCUUUUUUUCUUUUUUUAAAUAGAACAAACCAUGCUACUGCGUGUUUUGUUUGGUGGGGAGCAGAAGUACGUGAAACUUUCUGACCUAACAUUUGAUGCAUUCCUGAAAGAAGUUUGUCUGAAAUUUAACAUUCCAGAAGGCAGACAAGAUCUGAAAGUAUAUGACCAGUCUGAUACAGAAGUUGAUGUAGAUGUUUUUGAAGAAAUAGUGAAUGAGACACCUGGAACCUUUCGAGUUAUGUUGAGCAACAAAGAAGAUCCUGGUGCCGUUCUAUCAUCAUCAUCAUCUUCAGUUACAUCUGAUGACACUGUCAUUCUGAAUUUCACAAUGUGUGACCAAUCAGAAGAAGAAGCCACUGCUGAAGGAAGUCAACCUAAAAGGCCAUGUCACGUAAAUUAUGAGGCGCAAGCGUUGAUUGAACAAAUCUUGACAACAAAGCCUGGUGGUGAGCAUAUUAUGCAAGAGUAUGCAAGAACUAAAUGCUUGACAGAUGCAACCAGAAGACAGAUGAUAAACAUCCUUACAGCUGCAAUGACAGAAGCGCAUGGAUCAUCCCCUCCUAAAAGCAUCAGAGUGAUGUAUGCUCAGGGCAUUGUUGCCCUAUUUCCCUAUCUACAGGACCCGUUUUCAAAACAUGGAUAUGAGCAUUACUAUGAUCCAGAGAGCGGUUCAGGAUACCUUGCAUGGCGUUUAAGGACCAUUCAAAGAAAAACCUCAGAGGAAAGGGUUGCCUCAAGUAGAAGAUCUCCCAAAAGUGGUGGACCAGGCCAUGGUCAAUCCAGGAUUUUCACUGCUGAUAAAGUGCUGUCAGAUGAGGAAGUGGAAGCAGCUAUUGCUGUUUUGAAACACUCUGCUGAUGAUGACACUGUCCGUGAGAAGAUGAAGGCUACCUUCCAUUACCGUCAUUCAAUGGUCAAUGAUGAAAAGAAAGCAUCGAAUGUCUUCUCUGUCUUUCCACGAUUUCUGGACACACCAGGACUGAUAAGACAGAUAGAACAAGAUUUCAAACUCUUGUUUGGCGAAGGCACUGCCAACAAAUUUUUGGAGAAGUGGCCCACCAGUCUCAAAUCCAAGGCUAUAAGGGAAAGCCAUGGUCUGGUACCCACCACAGAGCUCUUGGCUUUAUUGCGCAAUGCAGAGCUGGCUGCUGAAGCUGACAAUGGGCGAAAGAGGCCGGGUAAGAUGUCUGCAUCUCAAGCAGUGGAUCAUCUCAUCAGAUUUCUAAAGGUUGGAACCAGUGUACAGCAGCAUCUUGACAAGAUAACGCAACGUACCCAGCCCUACCUCCUUGCCCAGGGAUCCAUCCAAAGCAGUAUUCAUGCAUUCUUCAUUGUGAUUGACAACUAUGCUAUUCCAUGUAAGGCAACAUGUUCAGUUGGAGCUCUUGAUGAGCUCUUUAAGGCCCAUUAUGUGUUUGGUACAUCAUACAGUGCUCCCUUGACCAACUUCUUCACCUUUCUCCAAACAACUGUCUACAACAUAGAUGUUGGAGAAACAAAAGAAACGCCCAGAGUUGCAGAGUUGAGAGCAAGAAUGCUCCAUUAGUGUCACAUAAAACAAUGAAGUGUUUCAUCUGCAAAUGUGACAGUGAUGCCCCAAACAGCCUAGUUAAGCACCUUAAACUAAUCCAUGGUCUUUGUUCUGGCAGGACUCUCCAUAUUAAAUGUGGUGAAGUUGGAUGCUCAUGUUUUUUUGGUAGCUUUUCUGGUUUUAGAAAACAUCUAAAUAGAUGUCAUCUUAGUGAUUCUUUUGAAUCUGUAGAAGAUGGUGGGGUUUCACCUUACAAAAAUGUUUAUUCUCAGUAAUCUUUAAACAUGAUAAAAGGAGGUUCUGACAUUUCUGAGGCAGUGCAAGUGUCUCCUGAGGUUCAAGUUAUGAAAGUGAACUGGGCAAAGCACAGUGGGUUUAUCUACCG